GCAGCCGCCUAUGCAGCAGCAGCCACAUAUGCAGCAGCAGCCACAUAGGCAGCAGCAGCAGCUGAGCCAGCAAGAGCACGCCCAAAUGCAGGCCCAACUGCACGCCCAGAUGCAGGCUCAGCAUCAUGCCCAGAUGCAGGCCCAGCAGGGCGGCCAGCGGCUGCCGCCGGGCGUGCCGCCGCCGCAGCAGCCGCAGCCGAACAUGGUGCCGCCGCCGCCGCCGGGCGGACAGGGCCAGCGGCUGCCACCUCCCCCCGCCCCCGGGCAGCCGGUUCCCACCCUGCCCGGCGGCCUCAAGUUGCCCGUCGCCCAUCACCAGCCUCUCGGCACGGAUCCCAUCGAUCCCGAGUUUGACAUCAUGGCGCCGGGUCUGGCCAUGGACUACCGUAUCUGGGUAGAGGCAGGCAAGGAAGAAUGUUUCUACCAGUACGUCCAGCCCGGAGCUCAGUUUUACGUCAGCUUUCACACGUUGCGUGGGGGAGACGGCAUGACUGGGUUCGCCGUCCGGGAUCCGACCGGUCAGCUGGUGCAUCCAUACCAGUGGAAGAAGCAGUCCGAGUAUGAGACCACGUCCGAGACUGGCGGAUACUUCACCUCCUGCAUCGACAACCAGUUCUCCCGCUUCGCCGGCAAGCUGGUCAACAUGUAUCUGACCACUUUCAGGUACGAUGAAUGGGAGAAACACUCUGAGGAACUGGAGCAGUAUGACAUCGUCGCUACCAAUUUUACGAACGGUCUGGGCUUAGUGGACCACAAGGUGCAGAUCUCCAAGCAGUACCUGAGCCAUUCCAGGUCCCGCGCGGCCAGCGACUGGGAGCUGCUCAUCUCCAACAACGCCUACGUCAUGCGCUGGUCACUGAUCCAGGUGGUGGUGGUCGUCGCCACCGGUUGCCUGCAGGUGUUCUUUGUGCGCAAGCUGUUCGACACGCACACUAAGCCGCGGGGACGGAUAUGAGCGCGGGGCAGAAAUGGUGGACGGGUUAAGGGGGAUCUGGGUUGGUCGUGACAUCUGACGGGCGUCAAGCAUGUGCUGAUUUCACCUCUGGUGAAUACCACUCCAGGACUUCGGUCGCACGCGAUUUGCGACUUGGGGAAGCAGUCCACAUCGGCGCGAGAUCUGUGGUACGUG